CAAGAGUCCAGCCAGCAGCCGUCCGAGUUCAGAGAGACCGUGAAUGAGUGCAGAACUGGAGGAGUCCAUCGCCGUGAUACAGCGCCCCAUCCCCGUCCCCGUCCCUCCUCUCAGGGGAUGGCCCAGGUCCGGGAUGGACACACAGACACAUGUGGAAGCCCUGCGAUGUUAGAGGAGAGCCACGAUGGAGUGGACAGUGGUAGCCUGACCCCUGGUUCAGCUCGACAGGUCUGCAUUCAGCGCCACCCCAGCCAGGGAUUCGGCUUCAUCGCCGGCAGCGAGAGGCCCGUCGUCGUGCGCUCGGUCUCCGCGGACGGACCCUCCGCGGGCAAGCUUCUCCCAGGAGACCAGAUCCUGGCCAUUAACGAAGAGCCUGUGAGCGACGUUUCUAGAGAGAGAGUCAUAGACCUUGUAAGGAGCUGCAAAGAAUCCAUUGUUCUUACUGUACUCCAACCCCAUCAGUCACCUAAGUCUGCCUUUAUUAGUGCAGCCAAGAAGGCACGUCUCCGGACCAACCCCCCGAAAGUGCGCUUUUCUGAGCAAGUGUCUAUCAGUGACCCAGACUCGACAAUGUUAAAAGACGACUCUUUGCUCCUUAUCCCCAAUGUGCUGAAGGUGUUCCUGGAGAAUGGACAAAUCAAGUCCUUUACAUUUGACAGCCGUACAACGGUCAGGGAUGUGAUCUCCUCACUGCAGGACCGCCUGUCUCUGCGCUACAUUGAGCACUUCGCUCUGGUUCUGGAGUCUGGCGGACUGGAUCAGAACCACCGACUGCACCUUCUGCAGGAGACCCAGCCUCUGUCACAUGUGGUGCAGAGGACCUACUUCCAGGGGAUGAAGUGUCUGUUCCGCAUCUGUUUCUUCCCCAAGGACCCAGCUGACCUGUUGAGGAGGGACCCUGCUGCGUUUGAGUACCUCUACAUCCAGAGUCGCAAUGACGUUAUCAAGGAACGCUAUGGUAUGGACUGGAAGUCUGACGUCACGCUGAAGUUAGCGGCUCUCCACAUCUUCAUCACUGUGUCGGCGACCAGGCCCAACCAAAAGAUCUCCCUCAAGCAUGUGGAGAAGGAGUGGGGCCUGGAGCCCUUCUUGCCCCUUACCCUGCUGCCUACAGUCAAAGAGAAAAAUGUCUGCAAGACUCUCUCCCAGUUGCUCAAGACCUACCAACACCCCCCACCCUCAGGCAACAAGGUCCCUCCUUUGCAGGGGAAGCUGCAGUACAUGCGAGUGCUAAAUGAGCUGCCACCUUUUGGAGGCCUCAUCUUCCACACCGUGGGUUUGGACGAGAAGCAGUCGGCAACUACCCUGCUGGUUGGGCCACGUCAUGGCAUCAGCCACGUCAUUGACCUGAAGAAUAACCUAACCACUGUGCUGGCCGAGUUCAGCCGACUCGCCAAGAUCCAGCUUUUCCGGGAGAACCAGGGUGUUGCUCGAGUGGAGGUGGCAAUCAUGGAGGCCAAGCCACUGGUCCUGUUGAUGGAGUGGCCAGAUGCUACUAAUUUUGCCAGCCUCAUAUCUGGUUAUUACAAGCUCUUUGUGGACCCCAAGAAGACCAUCUACUGUAGGACACCUGGUCAGUCGGACAUGAUCAAGGCAGAUUACAGAAGCACCCACGCACCUCAGCGUCCCGUGCCCUCAGCAUCCAGUGGUAGCCGGCGCUCAGAGGAGAGGGAAGGCCCUCCCAGGGACUCAUCCCAGAGGUUAGCUGGCCCUCCAGAGCCUCAGCACCUGGGCCUCUGCCACCUGCACCUGAAGGAGCAACAGCAGCUGCAGGAGCUCCAAGUGCAGGCCGAGGCUGCCGUAGACAUCAACAAGAACCUCAUCUCCCAGGAGCAGGGUCGGCCACGCACCAAGUCCGACCCCACCCUCAAGAGCUCAGAGUCUAUUGCGGGACCAGAAGGGGACAUUCCAAACAGCCCGGAGCUCCGGAGCCGAGCUUAUACGCUGGAGCCCUCCCAGCGGCCCACCCGCUUUUUCUGUGACUCCUGCAAGGCCAAGCUGAAGGCAGCAGCAGAGGGUGUGGUGGCUAUGAACGGAGGGGGUUCCCAGCACCCGCAGCGCUGCUCUAACGCCUGCUCAACCCGCGAGGGUGGCGCCGUGGACCUCACCUCCCUCCCACUCCCGGGAAGCGAUGAGGACGAGGAAAUGGAAGAGGAAGGGGUCAAGCUGCAGCUGCCCCCGCCCGCCAUCGCCGCCCCUCCACCAGGAUUCAGGGACAACAGCUCUGAUGAAGACGACCCCAAGAGGGCUCAGAAAGCCCAGGGCGGGGCCACAGCCAGGGAGGUGCAGGAGGAGGUGCCUGUGACGCUCAUUGACAGCGUGGCCACACGGACGGUGCGAGAUCACGCACAGGAGCUAGACGACGCACUGGUGUCCACCCUGCAGGCACUGGAGGCCCUGGCAGCAUCAGAGGACUACCCUCACCAUCACCAACAGCCCCCACAGACUACAGGGCUGAUUGUGCUAGCAGCCAUCACUCCUGAGUCUUCGCUGGACUCUGGACAUGAGACCAAUUCCUCUGAGCUGACAGAUGUCUCCGAAAUGGUCUCCGCCAUGAAACAGAACCAGACCUACCUGUUGGCCCACCACAUCAACAAGGAUCGUCUCUUUGGCCGUCGUGACUUCCCUCUCGCAAUCUCUGGCUGCACUGCCCAGACUCUGGGGGCAGGUGCUCUCUCUCUGAGUCAGUUGCGUGCCAGUUGUCCCCCUAAGCCCGUCAUCCUUAGUAAGACUGUGCCACUGAUAGUAAGCCCCAGCCAGGAGACCACCAACGCCAGCCUUACAGGAGAGCAGAGCAGAACACAAGCCCCUCUUCAGAGUGUGCAGAGCACAGGCGAGCUCAAGCCUUCCCCAGGGACUUCAGCUGACCCCUCUUCUAAGGUCAUCAAGGAACUGCAGGUUGUUGACCAAGGUGAGAAGUGCCAAGGCAGUAAAGACCUGAAGGUGCCAGUGCCAUGCACCACAGAGGGCAAGCAGAACCCCAAGCCCUCUGCAGAUGUGAAGGGGAAAGCUUCUGGAGCUCCUAGCCCAGACACUACCAAUAAAGCCUUACCCAUACUCCUGCCUGUUGACAGAGCUGUCUCUGCAAAGAUUCGCCAAACAAACAUGUGCCAAGAUGCCGAGACUGCCUCCAGUAAGACCAGCAAGCCUUCAAGCUUCAUAGCCUCCUUGCCAGUUGAUGACCUAUUCUGCACAUGUCCAGUGCGGCCAGAGCCCAAACCCCCUCUGCAACUGAAGGAUCCACAAACGCACAAGGUGGUUGUGUUCCACUCAUCCUCACCGACAGAUGAUGAGCGUCUGCGUGCCAAAGCCAAGGGCCUACAGCUGGCCGGCAGCAAAGAGAGCGGGGUACGAGGCCCAGAGCCUAGCCAAGGUAAACCCAGCCUCCUAGCCCCACCUAGAUACUCUCCACGUGUCCCUGAAAAGAAAGAGCGUGAAGAGAUGCCAGAGGUCAAGUCAGAUAGUUCCCUGGGUAAAGCCCCCAGUGAGCCACAGAAAGGCUCUAAAAGCCUGCCUGCAUUGGUAGAGACUACCUUGACCACCGGCUACGCAGAUAAGGCGGCGACAAUCCCUACCACUGAGUUCAAGAAGCAGGGCAACAGCAAGGCCCCAAAGCAGCAGCGCAGCGCCACUUUCCUCAGUUUCAGGAACCUGCUGUCGGCUACCUUCCCAGCUCGCCUGCGGCGCGAGACGGACGAGCGACAGGCACAGCUGCAGAAAGUGCGGCAGUACGAGCUGGAGUUCCUGGAAGAGCUGCUGAAGCCUAAGGCAGCACAGUCUGAGUUCUUGCCCCCAGGGCCAUCCCCAGUGCCCGGGGGCACUCCCUGCUCCUGUCAGCUGCGCUCCAGCCCCGUGCAGAAGGUUCCUGGUGUAUCCCGAGAACAGCGCCGCAGCUGUGACUGCAAGAGGCUGUGCCGAGGGAUGCGGCUGCCUGACACGCCGGUCGGAUCCGCCUCGGAACGCAGAGGAAGAGAGAGGACUGUCUCAAAGACGCCGCCGGCAGUCCCUAAAACCCCACACUUGCAGGAGGGACCCAGGAGACCUCAGACCUUAGAGAUCAAGACUACCAGAAUCCGCUCCUCUAGCCUGGAGUCCCGUGAACCCAGAGGAGAGGCUGCAUCCUGCCUGCCCACCUGUACCUCCCGCUCAGAGUGCUUGGGCGCCCCACAAUACAAGAAGCUCCAGAGGCGGUACAGCAUUGGAGAGGCGGACAGCAGUGAGUGUGCACCCCUCUAUGCUGAAGUGAAGCCCGUCAAAUCCAAGAGCUUGGAGAAGGAGAUGGAGCGAGUCAGGGCGACGGGACUUAGGCUUCCCACCCCUGUGGAGCCAUGUUACACUAGUAUCAGGGACGGAAAGAGGAAGGGGUUGUUCUCCAUGCAGGGUGAGGAACUUCUGCGAGAAGGCCGGGUGGGCGAGGUCGUGUUGGGGCUGCCAAGUGAGGACAAUGAUGACAGGAACAAGUGUUGCUCCUUUUGCUUCUGCUACCGGAAGUGUGAAGCAGCCGAUGAGAACAGCGAGAAGGACGAGCUCUCCUACUCCAUUCCUUUGCAGGUGCUGCCCGGAAUGCAGCUGGAUGCUCAUUCCCUUCCUGUGGUCAGCAAGACCCUGCAGGUCCUGAAUGCGGAGGACUGCAGCGGAGAGGAGGAGGAGGAGGAAGAGGAAGAGGAAGAGGAGCCACAAACCCAGGAGAUUGACCUGCGAGCCUGUGGAAGGCUGGAGGGAAGCCUGGCAAGGGUGCAAGCCCUGCAGGGAAAGACGUUCUCCCUGCCUGACGGCUUUCACAAUGCCCAGCUGGACGCCAAUGAGCUGCUGACUAUCCUACGACAGUGUGCCAGCAGCUCCCAUAUGGAGGACGAGCCCCAGAUGCAGCCCACGCGGCUAGCCGAAUACAAGCAGGAGCUGGCACUGCGCUUCAAGGAGUUCCGGGCGUCAUGCCGGCGGGUUGCAGGGGUUGAAAAGAGUCCUACACGAAUGCUGAGCGCGGUCACUGCCAGCUUCCAGGUUCUGUGUGGCCUGACACAGACCUUCAUCCGGCUGGUGCGGGGUGUGCGCUCAGAGGCCCAGAGGCUGCAGCUUCUGCGCAAGGUGGAGGAAGUAGCAGUGAACUACACACUGCUCCUGCGUGCUGCAGAGGAGUCCAUGGGCCACUCCAGCAGCCUACCUGCCAAGAGUGCCAGCCCCCAAGCCGGCCCUCCUUCCACUAACAUGGGCUCCCUCAACCGUCCUGUGAAGACUCUGAUUACCAAGUGAAGCCCAUGCUCCUCUCCUACACAGGGGUGUCAGUGAAUAUUCCACCGUCACCCCACCCCACCUGCUCCUCCCUCCCUCCAAUCUCUGAUACAUCAGAGAAACUGACCUUUGACAGUCACGAGUGUAGUGGGUACAUUCCCAGGCACUCUAUAGUAAUUUAUUGUUUACAUUAAUUUCCUUUAACUGCACUUGCAAUGAUCCAUCUUUGGACAGCAUUGCAAUGCAAGUGCUCCUUGACACAUGUUUACAGGGGCUACAUCAAUUGCCCCACUAUACUGCAGAGUGCACAGAACACCCCCAACAUCACUACACAGGUGGGGCUGAGAACACACAACCUCCCACAGACACACACACACUCAAAUACGCACACACACACACACACGAGUAACAUGGACAGGUGUACAUGUAAAACCCACACAUUUGUGCUGCA